CCCCAAAAAACCCCAAAAAAACCCCAACCAAACCCCAAAAAAACAAAAAAAAAAAAAAAAACACCCCCCCCACAAAAAAAAACCCCCCCCAAAAAAAAAAACCCCCCCCAAAAAAAACCCCAACCCAAACCCCCCCCCCCACAAAAAAACCCAAACCCCCACCCCCCCCCAAAACCCCCCCAAAAAAAAAAAACCCCCCACCCAACCCCCCCCCCCCCCAAAAAAACCCCCCCCCCCACA